AUGAAGUACGCCUUGGCCCUCUCCGCGCUCGUCGCAUCUAGCUAUGCUGGCGCGAUCCCAGGCGACGUGCAGACUGGCAUUCAGCGCCGUGCUGCCAACCCCCAACCUGUUUGCACUUUCGAGGAACACAGCUUCUACGACAAAAACUGGGGAGGUGACGGUAACACCCUUGCCAACUUGAAGCGCGACCUUGGGAAGAAGACCUGGGACCCUCCCGCCAACUUGGUCAAACCACUGGAGGAGGUGUGGAAGCACCAGAUGGAUACCUACGGUAACCAGGGCAUGAACUUCAAGAACUUCGGCUACGACCAGGUCAUGGCAGCAAAGGGCAAGAUCAACUACUGCGUGCGAUGGGAGGGCAACCAAAAAGUCAGCCUUUCCCAGCGUGGGGAGAUUGAAACUGCCAUUCGCAGGCAAUUCAAGAAGUGGAUCGACGUCCUCGCCGACUUUGAAGGCUUCCCUUACAAGACCGUCGAUGUCAAAGUCGUUGGUUGGGCAGUCAAUGAUAAAAACCAACUGGAAGGCGACGUUAGCAAGAUCCAAGUCUACACGACCAAAGAUGAAAAUGGCAUCCCGGAGUGCGCGCCGGGCUGUGGUCGAUUCCACCACCAGGACGGUGACUACAGCGGCUGCAAAGCAGGCGCCGACCGUCACUAUGACCAAUCACUCUGGCUCACACCCGGCUUCGGCGGCGGCGCAGGCGGCGACUGGGGCCAGCGCGUCUCCACCGAGUACUUCAUGGACAACAUCAAGCAGGAGGACAUUCACAUUGUUCUCCAUGAAAUCGGCCACACGUUUGCUCUCGACGACUUCUACGACUGGACCCCUACUGGUGUGGACAAAUUCCUCAUGAAGGCGGGCUCGGCCAUGAAGAUUACGGAGUUUGAUGCUUGGAUGGCGAGGGACUGGUGGAUGAACCUUAAGCGCGAGCGUGGCUGGUAG